AUGGGCCAGGGCGACGACGAGGAGCGCGUCGUGCUGAACGUCGGCGGCGUGAGGCACGAGACGUACCGCAGCACGCUGCGCACGCUGCCCGGCACGCGGCUCGCGCGCCUCGCCGAGCAGGCGGACGGCGCCGGCCACGACUUCUUCUUCGACCGGCACCCGGGCGUCUUCGCGCACAUCCUCAACUACUACCGCACGGGUAAGCUGCACUGCCCGGCAGACGUGUGCGGUCCGCUGUACGAGGAGGAGCUCGCCUUCUGGGGCAUCGACGAGACGGACGUGGAGCCGUGCUGCUGGAUGACGUACCGGCAGCACCGCGAGGCCGAGGAGGCGCUCGUGAGCUUCGGCGGCGCGGCGCCGGACAUCGCGCACGAGAUCGAGGUGGAGGGCGGCGAGGGCGCGCACGAGGCGGCGGACGGCGACGAAGGGGCCGAGAUGACGCGCAGGCUCGCGCACGUCGACAUGACGGACAGCAGGAGCGGGCGCUGGAACCGCUGGCAGAAGAAGAUGUGGGCGCUCUUCGAGGACCCGUACUCGUCCCGAUACGCGCGGUGGGUGGCUUUUGCAUCUCUGUUUUUCAUCCUGGUGUCCAUCACAACAUUCUGUCUGGAGACUCAUGAGGCCUUUAACCCCAUCAUCAACCGCACAGAGAUUGAAGUGGUAGACAAUGAAACCAUAGAGCGAAUUUACCCCGAGACUGAGACCAUGGUGGAGCUCACGUACAUUGAGGGAGUCUGUGUUGUCUGGUUCACCUUUGAGUUCUUGAUACGAAUCACGUUCUGUCCUGACAAGCUCAAAUUCGUAAGAAAUGCACUCAACAUCAUUGACUUUGUGGCCAUCCUGCCUUUUUAUUUGGAAGUGGGACUGAGUGGCCUCUCUUCCAAAGCUGCAAAAGACGUGCUGGGCUUCCUGCGUGUGGUGCGCUUCGUCCGGAUUCUGCGUAUCUUCAAGCUAACGCGGCACUUUGUGGGUCUUCGGGUGCUGGGACACACGCUCCGUGCCAGCACCAAUGAAUUCAUCCUCCUCAUCAUCUUCCUUGCUCUCGGAGUCCUCAUCUUUGCCACCAUGAUUUAUUACGCUGAACGUAUCGGAGCCAAUCCCAAUGAUCCUCGCGCUAGUGAUCACACACAUUUCAAGAACAUCCCUAUCGGUUUCUGGUGGGCUGUGGUUACAAUGACUACGCUUGGCUACGGUGACAUGUAUCCUCAGACAACAUUAGGCAUGUUGGUGGGUGCCCUUUGUGCUCUGGCUGGUGUGCUGACCAUUGCCAUGCCCGUACCCGUGAUUGUCAACAAUUUCGGCAUGUAUUACUCUCUGGCAAUGGCAAAACAAAAACUACCAAAGAAAAAGAACAAGCACAUUCCCCGGGUUCCCCAACUGGGGUCCCCCAACUACUGUAAGUCGGCCAUUAACUCUCCAAGACCCAGUACGCACAGCGACACCUGCCCCCUGGCCCAGGAAGAAGUCUCUGAGAUAAGAUACCAAGAUUUUAAAGUGAAUGGGGAGGCAUCUAAAGCAGCUCUGGCCAAUGAGGACUGUCCGCACAUUGACCAGGCAGUGUCACCUGAGGAAGUUUUUAGCCCCAUAGACCGUGAGAGACCUUGCUUUCUGCUCACCUCUGGAGAACGGGGCAAUCACAUAGGGGGAAGAGUCAGGAAGGGUUAUGAAAAGCCAUGGAGCCAUAGCAGCAUGUCUGGAGGCGUGGCCUCAGUGUCGGCCCUCCCCUGCAGCCCGCCCUGUCUCAUGCAGCAGGCGCACUCCCCCAUCCCAUCCAUCCUGUAGCAUGGACAACCAAACUAACCAAUCAGAGGCCCCGCUCUGCAGCGCUGCGCUGAGACGCCUGCCCACACUGUGUACCAUUCGUCUCUCAUCAGCCUUCCUCUCUCAGCUCUUCAUUCUCUCUCUCUAUCAGUGUUUUUCUGUCUUUGUCUCGACUCUGUUCUCUUGUCCAUCUACUCACAUCGUGUUAUUUUCCAUACUCUCUUCCUGUCUGCUACAGUCCUCUUUUCUUCCUCUUUCGUCAUGUCUUUUUUCCCUUUUCUCAUUUUUUCUCUUUUUCACUUUUCGUCUCAUUAUGUCUUCUCUUCCCUGCACUAAUCAUGAUCUCCCUUUCUCUCUCUCGCCUUCCCCUCCUUCCUCCAACUCCCUUUUCCCCUUCAGUGUUUCUAAGCUGUGGUUUUUCAUCAGGUGCUAUUGGACACCUUUUUAAAAAAUUGAUGAGAAAAUGGCUAUUUCAUAUAGUUUAGCAUUCUGGACGUAACCAUGGAGUUAAAAAAAAGAAAAAAAAGUAACACUAACCAAUCAUGAUUCUAGUGAUGCACACGUCACCGACAUGAAACUCUGACUGAAGAAACCUCAUUUGCAUUUGCAUGCCUUGCAUGGGAAACUGAGAAAAAAAAAAUGUAAGUCUUUUGAAAACAUGUAAGAACAACUAUCUUGUUUUACAUCCAAAGCUUCUUUACAGAUAUAAAAUGCAGAUUUGUAUGAUAUCAUUUCAGAUGAUAUAAAGUACAUGUAGCAGUGAAGACAUUUUCUUUGCUGGCAUUUUUUUCUUCGCCUUUCCCCAAAACUUGACCUUGUGUGCGUUUGAGCACGCGCCGUGUUUCUAAUAGUAGCAGUGGUCAGUUUGACCAUUCAACUUUUCUUCUUGAAAAAGACUAAAAUGCAAAUAGCGAAAUAAUGCACUUUAACUUUGAUAACAGUCAUCUACCUAAGCAGAUUUACUCCACCUUAUUCCGAGUAUUAAUACCAGCUGAGAAACAGGACAAUACGCUUGUUGAGCAAAGUUCAGCAUUUAUUUUUCAUAAAUUCAGUUUCAUACCGUCACAAUUGGAUUCACGUCUGUUGUUCUCUGUAGCAAAAUAGAACAAUGUAUAUUUAUUAUAUAUAAUUAUGUGCAGUUGACACAAAAAAGUGUUUUAGAAAGGGUUAAAAGUAUGUAUGUACUUCUGGACUUACUUGGGGAAAGGUAAAUGCAUGCACUUUUAUGCAAAAAAUAAGUACAGUAUGCGAAUGAACCUGUAAAUAAAAACCUUGCAUGAAAUAAAUUUUGUAUUGAA